ACAAUUUAAAAUAACUGCUAUUUAAUUUUAGUAAACCAUUAGUACAUUUGAGUAUAUUUAAAAAACAGCUGAAGCGAAGGAAAUGGCAAUAAUGUCAGUGAUCUUUAUUGUCUUCUUCUAGCGCCACCUGAUGGUUAAAGUUGGUAGCGGAAUAAAACCAGAAGUUUCAGUUUCAUUUUAGUCAAUUUGGCAUUACGGUAGAUCGACAAUCUCUUAUCGCAAAACUUUGUGAUAACGGUUUACACUUCCUAUCACCAAGGGAAAUACCCUGCAAGUAUAAUUUUUGUUGCCUGAAUUGAUAAAUGUAGCUGUAGUUGUGAGACUUUUCUGUAAUAAUAUCUUACUGUUUUUUGUUAUGGCUCAUUGAUGUUGGCUAAAUUAAUCUAAAUAACUUUACUUUGUAACGAUAAACCACUGCACAAUACUCAUGUAAGAUUAAAAGAAAUGUAUUUGUGUUUCACAGUUUUAGAAAAACAGAAUAAUGGACAGAAGGGACGGAUCUUCAAACUGCAAACUGUGGUUCUUUAUGCCUUUUAUGUUAGCAGACUGGAUAGCUGGCAGCGAGCAAGGCCAGUAAGCCUACAAAAGUACUUAAUUUGUUUUUGGAAGCUUUUUCAGGAGUCAUAUCUCUAGUCUCCAGUGUCAUUGAAUAUAAAUAUAGCUGGAUUCAGACACGUCUACAGGUAGGGCUCAAUCUGUGCAGAGUGUCCCUUCACUUCUUCAUCACCAACCCCAACCCCUAUCCCCCCCGCCCAUUCGAAGGGUCUCUGCACGGCCCUGGCUGGACUAUUUAAAACCUAGCAUUGUGGCUUUACAGUAGUCGGCGGUGACAUUGCGCCAUAAAACAGGCAUAACACCCAAAUCAGAAAAGCACAACAGAGCAGCAGGAUGAUCAGUUCUGGAAAGGUGAUCAAGUUGUUCUAUGAUAUUUCCUCUCCUUACUCCUGGCUGGCAUUUGAGGUGCUGUGUCGUUAUAAAAAUGUUUGGAACAUGGAACUCAAAUUGAAACCGGCACAUUUAGCAGGCGUCAUGUAUGGCUCAGGAAACCAGCACCCUGGAUUAAACCCUAGAACGCUCUUGUACAUGACUUCAGAUCUGACGCUGCUGUCUCAGUACUUUGGGGUUCCAAUGCAUCGACCUGAAAAUCUAAGCAAAACAGACUCUCUGAUUCCGAUGCAUUUUGUGACCGCUGUAGCAGGGAAGGAUAAAGAUGGUGGCGAUCUGGUAGAGAAGGUGUCUAGGGAGCUCUGGAAACGAAUGUGGAGCACUCAUCAGGACAUAGUCCAGCCUGCCUCACUCACAGAGGUGGGAAUCAAGGCUGGUUUCUCAGCCACUGAGGUGGAAGACAUUCUGAUCCUUGCUAAAUCUCAGCAAAUUAAAGACAAGCUGACAAGUAUCACAAAUGAAGCCCUGGAGUAUAAGUGCUUUGGUUUACCAUUCAUUGUGGUUCAGGUUGAUGGGAAGGCUGAGGUCUUCUUCGGGUCAGAUAAAUUUGAGCUUAUGGCGUAUUUCCUUGACCCUGUGAUUCUGAUGCAUUUUGUGACAGCAGUAGCAGAGAAGAAUAGAGAUGGUGGUGAUCUUGUGGAGAAGGUUCCUAGAGAGCUCUGGAAAUGAAUGUGGAGGACUCAUUAGGACAUAGUCCAGCCUACAUCACUCACAGAGGCAGGAUUAAAGGCAGGUCCUACAGCCAGUGAGGUGGAUGAAUUGCUGACCCUCGCCACAUCUCAGGCAAUCAAAGACAAUCAAAGAAGUGAAGCCAUUAAGUAUAAAGUCAGUGCACUUUAAUUUUCUUCUUUCUAUCCAAAAUGUCUUUGUAGUGUAUUAGAAUAAAUACUCCUUACAGUGAUUUUUUUUCUCCACCGGUUUUUGCAGUGCUUUGGUUUUCCCACCAUUUUUUUCUUAUUAGAUUAGUGUCCUACAGCAUAUUUUAAUUCUUAAAUUCCUAAGUAAUUUUAGAGUAUAAAAAAACCCUUGCUGUCCAGUAUAGCUCUUUUUAUUUUGUGUUGCGGGAGAGAACUGGUGCAUUUACUUGAUCAAAAAUACAAUAAAAAGAUUUUUUUUAAUAUCAUUACAAUUUAAGUAAC